UCGUUGCCCAGUCACAAGUCCAUAAAAAUUUACCGUCUAUGCACUGCGUAUAAUUUAUGGCCGCGAUUCGUUCUCUUUUCUCCAACGCCUUUCUUUUUUUGCGGACCACCUUUUGGCAAUUGUUGAAUGCAGCCGCAAAAUAUGCCAUGAUUUUUUUCGCCAUCUAGCAUGUGUUAGCUGCCAGACAUAUGUGUUAGUGUUCCGGGCAAGCUGCCAAAAAUAAUAAAAUCACAUUCCUAUGCCAGACGACUCCACAUAAGCGGCGGAUCCUGCAGCCAGGACGAAGGAUUUCGGAACUGCAAGAUAACGAGGUGGCUGAACAUCAGAAACGACUGAACAUUUUCAAAUAGAAACAGAAAUAAUAACAGCAGCAAGGGGCUUAAACAAAAGCCAAACAUAAGCAAAGCCACACAGAAAGAGCAGUAUAUGUUCAUAUUGGAAAAACAAACAAUCCGGAUACAAGAAGAAGCUGCUGGAAAAAUAAACGAAACUAAAUUAAAUUUUCUACAGGCCACACAUUGAAUUUUCAUGCAACGAAAUGAGUUUAUUAGAGCCUCCUUGUCUAGUCUUGGGAAAAGCGCUGCUUUUGGGAGCGUUGCUGCUGGCAGUGCUUGCCACACCCCUUUUGGCCACAAGCGGCUUACGGGUGCCCACAUUCCUGCUGGAACCCGCUCCCCGGCUGCUCUUCGGCAACGACACGGGCGCCCAGGUGAGCUGCACCGCCCACGGCACUCCGCCGCCCCUCGUGUCCUGGGUCCUGCGCGACGGAUCACUCGCCACCCAGGUGCCGGGCCUCAGGAAAAUAUCAGGCAACGGCACACUGCACUUCCCACCGUUUCUGGCGCAAUAUUAUCGCACGGAUGUGCACGAGGCCACCUACAGAUGUCGGGCGAGCAACGAGGCGGGCACCGUCCUGAGUCGCAAUGUUCAGGUGCAGGCAGUGGUGCGUCGUCAAUUCCAUGUGCACGUGGAAAACACUGAAGUCUAUUUGGGAAAUUCGGCGUUGAUUAAGUGCGCCAUUCCCGAAUAUGUGCGUCCCUAUGUGCGCGUGGCCAGUUGGCAUCGAGGCGAGGAGAUACUGCUGCCGGAUCUGUCGGAUGUCGCGGGUCGCUAUGUGGUCCUGGCCGCCUCCGGGGAUCUCUAUGUGCGGUCCGUUCGGUCCGAGGAUGGUCUGAUGAAGUUCAGCUGCCUGGUGACAAAUACACUGAAUGGCGAACGGCAGCGCAGCGAUGCGGUAAUGCUUCAGGUCAAAGAGCUUAGCAAGAAUCUGGCGCCUCGCACCACCCAAAAACCGGUGAUGGAGAUUCACGUGGAGCGUGGCAACGAUGUUCAUCUGCCGUGCAAUAUCCAGGGCAAUCCAUUCCCCAUAUUUACCUGGUAUCGUGUUUCCGACUCGGCAGCCCUCUAUCCCAUACCCUCGUCACAAAGAGUGAUACUUUCGCGCACAUUGCUGCUCAUCAAAAAUGCUGACGAACGCGAUGCGGGCAAGUGGAUUUGCCAGGCCUCGAAUCAGUUUGGGGAGCAGCGCAUAGAGAUUCGACUCAGUGUCAAUUCGUAUGUGUCCGUGCAUAUAUUGCCGCAAGUUCAAAUUGUCAAUUCGGGCGGAACGGCAAAUUUCAAUUGUACGACAACGGGUUCAGCGAUCGAUGCCAUCGACUGGCUGCACAACGGCAAACCGCUGCAGGCGAAUAAUGCACUCACCACCGGCAGGGAUAACAUACGGUUCCUGUCGAAGAGCUCGCUGCUGGUGCAAAAUGUCGGACGACGCGACCGCGGCGUCUAUCAGUGUCUCGUGGAAAAUCAACGCGCCAGUGCCCAGGCGAUGGCUGAGCUGAAGUUGGGCGACACUGUGCCGGAAUUGAUUUACACCUUCAUUGAGCAGAACGUGCGUCCCGGGCCAUUAAUAUCGCUUAAGUGCUCCGCCAGCGGCUCACCGCCACCGCAAUUCGCCUGGCUGCUGGACUCGCAGCCCAUCAUGGACGUAUCGCUGCAUCAUCGGUUUGCGAUCGGGCAAUUUGUCGAUAUGUCCGGCGAUGUGAUAAGCCAUUUAAAUAUCUCGCACGUGCGACCCGACGACGGGGGUCUCUACAAGUGCGUGGCCAGCAACUCGAUGGGCAGCGUUCUGCACUCGGCCAGGUUGAAUGUUUACGGACCUCCAUAUGUGAGAGCCAUUGGACCGAUUAAAGCCGUUGCCGGCGAGGAUAUAAUUGUGCACUGUCCGUUUGCCGGUUAUCCCAUCGACCAAAUUAGAUGGGAGAAGGCGCAUCAGGAAUUGACAACGAGCAACCACUACGAACUGGCUUCGGUGGCCGACGGAGGGCAGCUGGUCAUCAAGAAUGUGGAGCCGGGUCGGGAUCAAGGGAUAUACACGUGCAUCGUGAGGAGUCGAGCGGGGGAGGAGGCUCGCAGGGACAUGCAGCUGAAUGUGAACAGUCCGCCCGUCAUCGAGCCCUUCAAGUUCCCCAAGAACCUGCAGGAGGGCGGACGGGCCCAAAUCACCUGUGCGGUCUCCUCCGGCGACAUGCCCAUCUACUUCAGCUGGAAGAAGGACGACAGCUCCAUCCCGAGCAGUUUGCAGAUUACCGAGAAGAAGGAGGAGUUCUAUUCGCUGCUGGUCUUUAAGGAUAUCAGUGCGAAGCACAGUGGCAAGUACACCUGCUAUGCCAGCAACGCCGCUGCCAAGGUGAACUACACGGCUGAGCUGCAGGUGCGAGUGGCUCCUCGCUGGAGCUACGAGCCCAUGGAUACGGCCAUUAUGCUGGGCAACACAAUAUCGAUAAAUUGCGAGGCGGAAGGAUAUCCGAUUCCAGCUAUUACCUGGUUCAAAGGGCAGGGCAAAGGGUCGAAGGACUUUAAGCCCCUGAGUAUGCGUAAUCACUCACUGCUGUUAAAUCUGGCAACGGAUAAUGAUGAGGGCUAUUAUAUGUGUCAGGCCACCAAUGAAAUCGGGACAGGUCUUAAAAAAACAAUUCGAAUCAAUGUGAAUGAACCCGCCCGUUUCGAACAGUCCGCCCGAAAUGUCAGCUCCCGCCGCAACGAUCCCGUGACCUUGGAUUGCCAUGCCAAGGGCGACGAACCCAUCACAAUUGGCUGGACCCAGAACAAUGGACGCAUCGAUCUGAAUAACUAUCGCUUUAGCAUAGCCGAGAUGAAAACGGAGAAGGGUGUGGACUCUCAUCUAACCAUUGGUCACUCGGAUCGCCACGACUCCGGGGUGUACCGAUGUAUAGCAGAGAAUCCUUAUGGACGAGCGGAGCAGAUCGUUUUCCUGGCGGUGCAGGAGCGACCAGAUACACCCUCAAAUCUGGACCUCUUCGAGGUCGGUUCGCGUACAGUGAAGCUUAGCUGGCGGCGACCCUUCGACGGCAACUCACCGGUGCUUAGCUAUCUGGUGCAGUAUCAGGCUCUCAAAUACCUCCAAUCGCAUGGGACUUCGGGUGCGGGAGGAGGGGAUUGGAAUGGACAGAACGUCAUCAACGUCAGCUUGCCAUCGACAAGCAUUAGUCGCAGCUAUGACAGCGACCUGCGGGAGAGCGCCAUUGUGGCGGGUCUGACCCCAGCGACCACCUUCCUGAUUCGCAUGCAGGCCAUUAACGAGAUCGAGCGGAGUGCUUACACCGAGGCCAUUGUGCUCAAGACCCAGGAGGAGGCGCCCACCGAGGCCCCGUCGAAUGUCCAGGUGCAGACGGGCGGCGAAAGCGAACUGAUUGUCACCUGGCAGAUCCCGCCGCGUGAGUCUUGGAACGGGGAGCUCAUCGGGUACACAGUAAACUGCAGCGAGGAGAAGCAGAACAUAAACUUCAUCAGCGUGGUGAACAACUCGCUGAAAUCAACGAUUGUCAGCGGAUGGGCGACCACCAAGGCGACUUUGAGGAGUCUUCGCAAGUACACCCGCUAUGCGGUCACAAUCCGGGCGAUGAAUAGCUUUGGUUCCGGUCCGUGGAGUGCGGCCAUCUUCGGAACGACGGCCGAGGGAGUUCCCGAGGCAGCGCCCCAGAACGUCAACUGCACCGCCCUGUCGUCGCAGAGUCUGAAGAUUUCGUGGAUGGAGCCACCGCUCCAGUUCCACGGCGGCAUCAUACAGGGCUAUAAAAUUUUAUAUCGCCCGAUUGUGCAUCAAAUUGAUUUCCCCGCCAAACUGGAGAUCAAGCGCACCUCGAACCUGGAGACCUACCUGCAUACGCUGCACAAGGCCAGCAACUACUCCAUCCGGGUGCUGGCCUACACGGCCACUGGAGAUGGCUUGGCCAGUCAUCCACUUUUCUGCCAGACGGACGACGACGUGCCCGAUGCACCGGCGUCCAUUAAGGCAGCAGCCCUGACGGCAGAUUCGAUUUUGAUUUCAUGGCUCACGCCGAAAAAUCGCAACGGGAUCAUUUCGCACUACACGGUUUAUGCGAGGGAGGCGGGUCGCAAGGGCCAGGCCAAAACUCACAUGGUGCGUGUCGACGAGAACGGGUAUCCGGUGAUAUUCGAGGCACGCAGCCUGGCCGAGAAUCAAAUGUACGAGUUCUGGGUGUCGGCGUCCACAUCCGUGGGCGAAGGUGAGCCCACAUCUGUGAUCGCCCAGGCCACCAAUACGCGAGCUCCUGCUCGAAUCGCAUCCUUUGGUCAGAUUGUGCGCAAGGCCGUGGGCACUGGAUUGGUGCUGGAAUGCCUGGCUGUGGGGAAUCCCACGCCCCGUGCCCGCUGGCUGACCCGUGAUCGCCCUGUAACAUUCAGUCCCUUCUAUGAGGUGACCAACGAGGGAAACCUGAAGAUUCACCGAGUCGAAGGCAGUCUGUCCGGAAAUUAUACGUGCACGGCGAACAAUCUGUUCGGUAGUGACGAGAUCCAGUACCAGGUGAUUGCGAUGAAGCCACCGGCCGCACCGCAAAUCAUCGUGCAGUACGCUUCCGCCGACAGCAUUCGCGUGAGCUGGGAUGCCCCCGACGAUGGGGGAGCUCCGCUCCAGGGAUACUCCAUAUCGUACCACACGGCCGGCGAGAGUUGGUCCAGCACCGAGCUACUGCCCGAGAAUAAUGCCUUCACGAUCUCGGGAUUGAAGUGCGGAAAUCAGUACAUUAUAAAAAUGUCCGCGCACAAUAUGGUCGGCUCUGGGGUGGCCAGCGAGGAAAUUAAUGUCUGGACCAAGGGCAAAGCCUCUCAGGCCCCGAACGGCAACGAACUAAUUGCCACAAAUGCGACGUGCGUGAAUUUGAAGCUGUCAUCGUGGCACAACGGCGGCUGCAGCAUUCAUCAUUUCUCCAUCGAGCACCGACCGCUGGGCGACAUACGGUGGACAGUUGUCACAUCGGAUAUUUCGAACGCCGAGGAAAACCGUGAAAAUUUAAUAUUCUGCGACUUUCUGCCGGCGAAGUGGUAUCAGCUGCGAAUCUCCGCCACCAACGAUGCGGGAAAAACGACGGAGCAUUAUCAUUUCAGCACGACGAACAUCGAUGGCAUCACCAUUCCGCCACCAUCGGUUUUCCCCUCGGAAAACGAUUUGAUGAACAAUCUGAUAAACGCAACAAAUCCGACCAGCGGUGAUUGGUUCGCGACGCUAAUUGUCGUCGUCAUCAUCACCGUUUCCAUCAUAACGAUCGCCCUGACCAUCAAACACCGACGCACCUUGUGUGGACCCAUCGCCGAGGGCUACGAAUCCAGGACUUUGCCGGGUGACUACAAGGAGGACCAUGAAAAUCGGCGCAAUCAGCAGGUGUACAGCGCCUCGCCGGUUAAGACAGUGGACAAGGGCAACGAGUCAGAAAUGUACGAGAUUUCGCCAUAUGCUACGUUCAGUGUGAAUGGCGGACGGACAGGAGCUCCGGCCAAGACGCCCACACGUGCCGUGGCCGCCCAAACGCCCCUCGAUUACACCAUGCAGUUCAAGACUUUCGGGCAUCCAGAGGGAGAGAACCUGAACGCCACCGCCUAUCCACUGCUGCCCAGCUCAGGAUUUGGGCACGUGAAGAGCAAGUCCAGCUGGCACAAACAGCGCUACUACAACACGGAGGAUGAGUCCACGCUGAGCAAGUCGAUGACGAUAGUGGCCGGUUCGCAGGCGGGACACUCGAAGAAAUCCAAUGGAGGGCGGAGCACCAAGAGCAGCGGCGCCUGCAGCGGAGUGGUGGCCGGUUCGGAAUCGGAUACGAGCAUCAGUCCCAGCACCGAGUUCUCCAACAUGCCCACCUACCGAGUGCCCUGCAAGUCGUCGCGCAGCAGCGAUGGUCGUGCGGUCGUAGAUAUGUUUCGACCAGAUUCCAGCACCGAGUCCAAUAAUGACCAGGGAUCGCCGGGGCCCGAGCGUCGCCACAACACCCCCCGCCAUGUCCUUGGAAUGGGCAUGGCCAUGGGAUUGGGCGGCGGCGGAGGCGGUGGCGGUGGAGGGGGAGGGGCUCCCGGCGAGAAGCGGAGCGCCGGUCAGCGAAGCCGGAAGCACGGAAGCGCCGCACAACAGCCCAGCAACCAAACGUUGGAGCGAAGAAAGUGCCCUGGUAGUAGCAACAGUUUAGACAGUGAGGUCGAUGCGGAGACCGCGGCCUCCCUGGCCGCCUCCAUAGCCGCGAUGGCGGGGGCGGGGGUCGACCUUUCCGGCGGAUUCCGACCGCCGGCCGGAUUCCACGACGGCCGGGAGCCGGGCGACCAGAGCGACUGCGAGCGGGAGCAGCGGGCACUGGAUCUGGAGGUGCAGCGCGUGAUGGAGAGUACCGGGGAAGCUCAGCUGGCCAAGAUGGACCGCGAGGAGUUGACCUCACUGUUGGCAAGGUAUCACGAGAAGAAGGAACAGGAGCGGCAAGAGUACACGAUACACGUAUAAUAGUACUCACUGUGCUUGACAGUGACACUCUGAGAAAUACACACACGAUGACACACGAACUGUGGCAUUUAAAUGCAUUUAGUUAAGAUCUUAAGUGUUGUUCAAUAAGUGUAAACAAUUAGCACGUUCAUGGGGCUGCCAUUUGCCAAAUAAAAUUAAUUGUAAAUAAUUAACUUUCUGUUUAUAGGGAUAAUAUCCAUUUAUUUUCUGAACUUCUGCUUAUAAAUUCAUAAUAAUUAUUGUUAAAUACGCAGUUUUACAAAUUUUAUACCAUUUAUUGUAAAUUUCGCACCCUUAAUAAGUAAUGUUUUUAUGACUGAUAAAUAAUUCAAUAUAUUAUUUGUUUGCAAAUAAAAGCCCGCAUGAACGUGGUAGUCGAGAAAAUUAGUUUGUAAGAUGGCACCCAAAGUUCUCGCAUACUUGAUCGAGAAAAUUAAAGACUAUAUCUAGAGACUUUAUCUUUAAAGAUCCAACUGACUAUUGAUGCUCCCAACUUAUGUUGCUAGCGAUUUCGAUUGAUAUUGAAGAUUAUAAUCGUUACGAGACGAGUUGAACAGUAUUUACUAGCUAGUAAUACUAUCAAUAUAUAUACACAUAUAUGUAAUUCAAUUUGUUGUGAUAAAUUAAACUGUUCUGAAGUACACGUUGAUGCAAAAAACAUGUCAGGUUAAUGAACUGCGUAACUCGAUUGACACUUUCGGAGCACUCAUAAAUGCUGUUUAUUUCAUCGAUGUCAUUGCGUUUUUUCAUUUUUCUUUGCAUUUAUUGGAAAAGUAAUCAUUAUGGAAUUUAAUUAAAAGUAGAUAAUCAGCAAUUAAAUUGUAUUGCCACCAUAGGUAAAAUAGAUACAUACGAAAUACAACUAAAUUAAUAUAUGAGCGGAGAUGAAAUGCGGCAGAGACCGAAAACCAAAUACGGCAAAUUAAUUAAAUAAAAGAAG